GUAAAAAAAAACUUGACUGGUGCUUGCCUGAGCAGCUGUGUUAGUGUGAGGCGUUGAGUCGCGAUUGGUAAACUCGAUUUCCUGGUACACACAUGAUCUGAAGACUGUUGAACAUUGAACAUCCGCAUCUACAGUUCUGCAAGACGAGACUAGGCGGCAUAAUGGCUGAUAAAGAUAAAGAUGUGCCAGUGGUUGAGGAUGAAGAUGAGCCAGAUCUGAACUACCAGCCUCCGGCUCAGAAGAGCCUGCAGGAGAUCCAGGAACUGGACAAGGAUGAUGAAAGCCUGAACAAGUACAAGCAAACCCUCCUGGGUGCUGGACCUGUGGUGGCAGAUCCCAGCAUUCCUAAUGUUCAAGUGACCCGACUCACUCUGAUAUGUGACCAGGCCCCUGGACCCAUCACCAUGGACCUGACAGGUGACCUCGAUGCUUUGAAGAAGAAGAACUUCACCAUGAAGGAGGGAGUGGACUACAGGGUGAAAAUCCACUUCAAGGUCAACAGGGACAUUGUGUCUGGACUGAAAUAUGUGCAUCUGACCUACAGAAAAGGACUCCGAGUGGACAAGGCAGUGUACAUGGUAGGCAGCUACGGUCCGAGAGCCGAGGAGCAUGAGUUUAACACCCCGGUAGAAGAGGCUCCGAAGGGCAUGAUCGUUCGGGGAACCUACCACAUCAAAUCCUACUUCACAGAUGACGACAAAACAGACCAUCUGUCAUGGGAGUGGAACCUGCAAAUCAAAAAAGACUGGGACAGUGCAGAGUAAAGAGGGUCUUCCUCUGUCUCUCUCUCCCAGAUGCAUAACAGCAUACCCAAUUUAUCACAGAUGUUUAAAACCGAGACAUAGGCUAGGUAGAUAUGCAGCUGGAGCUGGCUUUGCAAAUGAUUAACAAUUAGUCGAAAAAAAAAACAUGAAAAAAUUAUGAGGAUAUUCCUACAUAUUAGGUGUAAUCAACGGGUGAGGACAUACAGUGACUGGCAGGGUAUUAGAGGCAACUUAGUACUUUGUAAUAGAUAUUACAACGGUGUAACCAACAAAUGAAAUCCCUCAUGCCUGUACACUCAGGUUUUAGUGUAUACUGUAAAUGUAAAUAUUACAAUGUCUGUAUUCUUGCAUUGCAUUUAGAGUUCUUUACAGAGUCCAUGACCGGAUCAGUGCAUGCUUGAAUGUGAAGCCAUCGUGUCUGCAAUGGCUACUUUCUUGUAUUAUUGAUGAUGUAAUCAGCCUGCUGUUACCUGAUGAAUACAUGUGUAGGAUGUGGUUUGUACUAGGUGUUGCUUGUCAAAAAAAAAAAAAAAAGGUAUUUCUGAGCUUUAAACCCCUGUAGAAAAGAUCAACUUAAACCAGUAUGAAGUUGUCUGGCUGUUCACCAGCAAACAAUUCUGGUUCAAUGUUCUUGCUGGUUAGUCCUGACUGGAACAUCAGCUUCUAGAAUGCAGCAUUUGCUGUUGAUAUUUCUGGUCUUUUCAGCCGGAAACCAUCAGUGGAGCCCAUAGUCAAGCACCCUCCUCAUUCCCUGAAACACUUUAAGAUCUGUUCAUCUCUGUCCAGGUGUCUGUAACUGUUUUCCAUCUAGCUUUCAUAUUAUUGUCUCUGAUUAAUUUUUAUUUUUUUGACAUUCCAAAAUAAAUACAUUUAUUGUUUA